UAAAAGAUUAAAGACGGACUGCACCAACAAAGCAACUGGGUUUGUCACUGUCUGACUGAAUAUAUAUGGCCCGUACUCCCUUGGCAUAAAACAACUCUUCCAACUUCCAACUGACUCCCACGCCUUUCACUCAUACCAUUCAAUAAGAGAGGCGAGGGAGAAAGAGAGAGAGAGAUAGAGAUGGCGGCAGCGUCGUUUAGAUGGAUACUACAGCUACACAAGGACGUGCCCAAAGCAGCUCGGUUCUACUCAGAGGGGUUGGACUUAACCGUCAACGUUUGCACUCUCCGUUGGGCCGAACUCCAAUCUGGCCCUCUCAAACUCGCCCUCAUGCAAUCUCCGAAUGACCAUGUUGUGCAGAACGGAUACUCUUCACUUUUAUCAUUCACAGUGACUGAUAUUAACAGUACAGUGACAAAAUUGAUGACACUGGGAGCUGAACUAGAUGGUCCCAUCAAAUAUGAAAUUCAUGGAAAGGUUGCAGCCAUGCGAUGUAUUGAUGGCCACAUGCUAGGCCUCUAUGAACCACUUUAAGGGCCUCAAGAAAUGAGUUCCUCCAAUUAUGGAAAAUGAAGCAGGCAGCUAAGAGCUUUUAUUAUGGCAUCUUGAACUCUUUUGAUGACAUAGUGAAGACGUGAGAAGCUUCUCCUUUCUUUGGAUUCCCU